AUACAGUUCGAAUUAUUACAUCUUUUGUGUAUUUUAACUUUGUUUUGUAUUAUUAGUUUUUUGUAAGUGCUUUAAGAACCUAGAAAAUUGCCAGCGAUGCAAUGUAUCAAGUUUUCAUUAGUGGAUACCGUUUGGCCGAAGUGUCACACGGCAAGCCUUAUUAUGUUUACUGUAUUGAGGUUCUGGAGUCCGAAAGUGGUACACGAUACUUUAUUGAGAGAAGAUACAGCGAAUUUAAUGCGCUACAUCGCACGCUGAAGAAAGAAAACGCGGAUGUUGCUCCGUUUCCGCCGAAGAAGGUAAGAAAUUCCCAACCGAAGGUGCUUGAGCAAAGGCGAGCAGCAUUGGAACUGUACAUCCAGAAAAUGUUAAGGCUCUCAGCCACCAAGCAACAGGUUCUCAAUUUUCUGGGUAUAGAAAGUCCAACACCCGGUGUGCCGUAUAAAAAUACGUACAAGGAUACGGAAGGAGAACAAUACGUCGACACCAGUGCUCUUGGCCAUCAACCUGUGUUAACUUUCCAUUGCGAUCCAUAUGUUCAGUCGAACAUUACAUCAAAUAGUCUUCCAGAUAUCGUUAUCAGCGGAGUACUUUUGGGUGUAUACAAGUCCUGAGAAGCUUAUCCUAAGCUCCUGCUUGUUACAAUAUCUUUUACGAAAAGCAUAGAAAGGACUACACGCUUCGUGAAAAGCUGCAGUUCUAUAUUAUUAUAAUUCGGAUGAAAAUUAGAAAGCCGGUUUUUGUUCGUUCCUCCUUAUCUUGCCAGAGAUAAAAAUAAAGCGGUUCCAUCCUGUGUAUAUAUAUAUAUAUAUAUAUAUAUAUAUAUAUACUAACGCUUCGUUGUCAGGAUACGCGACAAUGUGUAAUCUCUUUCGAAAUUCGAUUAACGAAGAACAUAAGAGAGAGAGAAAAUCGAGCUUGCAUGUGGCGCGAUUGCGUUUGUAUUAAUGUAAAAAGACCGGAUUUAAAAAUAAGGAUUUUAUACACAUCUAUGUAAUUAAGGGAUUUCACAGAAGAAAUAUAUGCUUUGAUAUAUUUGAA